UGGAGUUACAGUGAAUGACGAAGUCAUCAAAGUUUUUAAUGAUAUGAAAGUAAGGAAAUCUUCCACACAAGAGGAGAUCAAGAAAAGAAAGAAAGCAGUUCUCUUCUGUUUAAGUGAUGACAAAAGACAAAUCAUUGUAGAGGAAGCGAAGCAGAUCUUGGUGGGUGACAUUGGUGAGACUGUAGAGGACCCCUACACAUCCUUUGUGAAGUUGCUACCUCUGAAUGAUUGCCGAUAUGCUUUGUACGAUGCCACAUACGAAACAAAAGAGUCUAAGAAAGAAGACCUAGUAUUUAUAUUCUGGGCUCCUGAAAGUGCACCGUUAAAAAGCAAGAUGAUUUAUGCUAGCUCUAAAGAUGCCAUUAAAAAGAAAUUUACAGGUAUUAAACAUGAGUGGCAAGUAAAUGGUUUGGAUGAUAUUAAGGACCGUUCAACACUUGGAGAGAAAUUGGGAGGCAAUGUAGUAGUUUCACUUGAAGGAAAACCAUUGUAAAAUGAUAGUCAAGUGCCAUCUGGAUCUUAAGGGGCUUUCGUUUCUCCAGCUCAGUCCAUUGGAAUAGUAUUAGGUUUUGUGUUUUGUUUUUUCCCUUUUCCACUGGGCCCUUGCAACACAAUGAAUGAAGGAGAAAUCAUUCAUUUAAGCAGCCUGUCAGUGAUUGCCAUUAGACUGUGGAAUACAGUCACUUUUAUGCAGAACCCAAGGAAUGCCUUUGACUUAUUUUAGCCAAAACAAAUGGUUCUAUGCCUCUCUUGCAGCCAGCACUACAGUGAAUGUGAUUGUCAAUGUGAAUAGCUUGGAAUACUGCAAAGGGUAAGCAAAGUAAAUGCCUUGAAAGUAUUAUCCACUGGUCAGAUGGUAAACUUUUCAGUAUUAUUUAUAGUUGCACUUGAUUGCAGUUCUGUGAGGCGCUGGAGCAUUCAUACACCUCGCCUGCCUUGGCCAGCCUAUUUUUGUGACAUGGCAGCACAGACAUAACACUACGCGUUAAAAGCACUUUUUUGUAUUGAGUUGAAUCCCCUAAAAGGAAUGCCAAUUAAGUUCAUUUACUGUGUCAUCAAUUUAUCCUAGUACCUCAGUGUUCAUUCCUGUUACCUGCAUAGCUUUUUAAGUGAGAGCUGUUAUUAAUGACUUUUGUUUUCCAUUGAGCGUACACUACUGAAUUAAGUGUAAGGGUUUUAUGUUUACCAAGUGAGUCUUGCAACACUAUGGGAUAUUUUGAAUAUCAGUCAUGAUGGCAAUUUCUGUAUUAAAGAGCCUUAAAUGGAACAUUGUUUUAAGAUCAGAUCCCCACCCUCACAAAAAUGGCCACGUGGCAAUAAAAAUGGUGGCAUAUUACA